AUCGGCCGCAGCCGCCGCCGCCGCCCCGCGCAAUCCGCCGCCAUCCGCCGCGCCCCGCGCCCAUCGCCCCCCCGCACCCGGCUCCGCAGGCACCCCCGGCUCCCCGCCACCACCACAGGUGGGUAUCGGGGGCCGGCGGCGGCGGCGGCCGCGGAUAUUCGGGGCGGCAGAUCGGGAGCGGCGCAGAGAAAUUUCCUUACUAGAUGACAUUUCAUCGCAAUGUCCGAUCGUUUGGGGCAAAUAACCAAGGGAAAGGAUGGGAAAAGCAAGUACUCGACUCUCAGCCUGUUUGAUAAGUAUAAAGGAAAGUCAAUAGAAGCUAUCAGAACUACAGUUAUUCCUAGACAUGGCUUACAGAGUCUUGGGAAAGUUGCUGCUGCCCGGCGCAUGCCACCUCCUGCAAAUUUGCCUAGCUUGAAGUCUGAGAACAAAGGAAACGACCCCAACAUCAUUAUAGUACCCAAGGACGGUACAGGAUGGGCAAACAAGCAGGAUCAGCCAGACCAAAAGAGUUCCAGUGCGACGGCUGCACAGCUGCAGGAGUCGCUGCCGCAGCAGGGUUUGCAGAAAUCUGUCUCCAAUUUACAGAAGCCGACACAGUCAAUCAGUCAGGAGAGUACAAAUUCAGUGCCAGGUGGACCAAAGUCAUGGGCACAGCUGAAUGGAAAGCCAGCAGGACAAGAAGGUGGUUCAAGGGCCUCAAGCCGACUGUUAUCCUUCUCUCCCGAGGAAUUUCCGACGCUGAAAGCAGCCGGCGAGCAGGACAAGGGUGGCAAAGAAAAGGGCGCCUUAGAUCCGUCGUAUGGGCCAGGACCAAGCCUCCGCCCCCAGAAUGUCACCAGUUGGAGGGAGGGCGGUGGGAGGAACAUAACCUCUGCCACAUCUCUGACCGCCUCCCCUGCUGAGCUGGGCAGCAAGACCUCCAGCAGCGGGGACGGGGCCCCCUCCUCGGCGAGUGCCAGCGACCCGAAGGAGCCGUCUCUGCGCCCAGCUCAGCCCGUCCGCAAAGGGGCCUCGCAGUUCAUGGGAAAUGUCUACCAACCACCUACAUACCAUGACAUGCUGCCUGCUUUUAUGUGUCCACAACAGCCAUCCGAGACCCCUGCACCGCUGGACCGAGGGUCUUUCCCCGUUCCUCAGCUUCGGCUUGAGCCCCGGGUACCUUUCAGACAAUUCCAGAUGAAUGACCAGGAUGGAAAAGAGAACAGGCUCAGCCUGUCCCGCCCAACACGUCCGGUUCGGCAGCAAAUAGAGCGAGUGCCCCGGCCCACCAUUAUCAAUGCAGAGAACCUGAAGGGGCUGGAUGAACUGGACAAUGACGCAGAUGAUGGAUGGGCAGGCAUUCAUGAUGAAGUGGAUUACUCUGAGAAACUAAAGUUUAGUGAAGAUGAAGAAGAGGAAGAAACUCUUAAAGAUGGACGACAGAAGUGGAACAGCUGGGAUCCCAGAAGGCAGCGACAGUUGUCCCUGAGCUCAGCAGACAGUGCAGAUGCCAAGCACACCUUGGAGGAAGGAAAGAAUUGGAGCGAAUCGGUUGGCUUGUCCCGGCCAGUCCGGAAGGUGCAGGAAUCGCAGCAGCCUCCAAGGAAGCUGAACGGCUGGAGUUCUGCAUCGGAAUACCAGAAGCCUGCUCUGGGAAGUGUUCUCAGACAACAGUCUGUCGAGGAUAAAGAAGAAAAGGUGCCCCUGAGACAGAAGUUUGUGCACUCUGAGAUCUCUGAGGCUGUGGAGAGAGCCAGGAGGCGGCGGGAGGAGGAGGAGCGGCGAGCCAGGGAGGAGCGGCUGGCAGCCUGCGCUGCAAAGCUGAAACAACUUGAUCAGAAAUGCAAACUGGCUCAGAAGAACGGGGAGACCCAGAAACACACAGAGAACGAAGAUGUGCGACCCCCAAACACAGAGAAAAACACCGUGCAAGAGAAUGGCCAUGCUUUCCGUAAAGCAACCCCUGAGUUUCACACACAGGAUGUGUCUGUUGGCUACCUGGAAGAGGAGACUCCUGCCCCAGCAGCAGCAGCCCAAAGCAGCAGUGAGGAGGAGCUCAGAGAAGCUCCCUCCCCAGCACAAGAAUUCAACAAAUACCAGAAGUCUCUUCCCCCGCGAUUCCAGAGGCAGCAGCAGCAACAGCAGCAGGAGCAGCUGUACAAGAUGCAGCACUGGCAGCAGCAAGUGUAUCCUCCCCCAUCCCAUUCCCACCCUCAGAGGACGUUCUACCCGCCGCACCCCCAGAUGCUUGGCUUUGAUCCUCGCUGGAUGAUGAUGCCCUCCUACAUGGACCCUCGCAUGGCCCAGAGUCGCACCCCUGUGGAUUUCUACCCCUCAGCCCUUCACCCUUCAGGAAUUAUGAAGCCCAUGAUUCAGCAGGACUCCAUUGGUGGGAGCAGCUGCCGGUCUGAAGAUCAGAACUGUCAAGCAGGGCAGGCAGAGAGGAAAACUGCUCCCUUGGAUCCUGUGCCAGUGUGGGGCCAGGACAGCUACACAUCUCUGCAGAGCAAAGGAUACUCCCUGUCACAUCAAAAACAGGCUGACAGCAUGAGCAUGGAGGGGCUGCAUGCCAGGAAUGACAGUUACUCUGCUGCUGGAAGGCCAGAGAGUCUGAGCACCCAGCGAGAUCUCUUUGAGGAGAGAGGGGAGGAGUAUUUGAAUGCUUUCGACAAGAAGGCCCAAGCAGACUUUGACAGCUGCCUGUCUUCUCAGAGGAUAGGCCAGGAUCUUCUGUUUCAGCAUCAGGAGGCUGUGCAGGAAACCUGUCCCGCUGGCAGCCGCCAUGGAAACUUGAGGUGUUCGCCCCUGGAGCCCGACUUUAUCCAGGCAGAGAAGAAGCCUGAAUAUAACGGCUGGGAUAUCAGCCACCACCAGAAACCUGCGGAGACCGCAGCGGAAGUUGCUGAGGAGGUGCCCAGGGAUGAGCAGACAUUCAGUGCUGACCCCUGGAAGAAAGAAGGAACCAAUACCAAACAGACCGCUGAGGAGACAUCAGAGUGGGCUCCCGAGAACCGCACCACCAGUGGUCAGCACCAGGAGCAAAUGGGGAGGACACGGCGAUCCGGCCCCAUUAAAAAACCGGUCCUGAAAGCCCUCAAGGUUGAAGAGAAGGAGAAGGAGAUGGAGAAGGUUAAACUGGAGGGAGAGGACACCUCACGCCAACUGAAGGAAAAGGCAGCUGUUCAGAAAGUAGAGAAUGAGUCAGAUGACUCUGCAGCCUUGCUGACCUCCACGCGUUAUCUGCUGGAUGACAAAGGUUCUUCCCAAACCAGCCUGGCACGAGAGGCUGAGAAGUCUCAAGAAGAAGAAGAAGAGGAGGAGGAGGAAGAGAAGCCGGAAAGAACCUGGGAGAACAAACUAUCCAGAGAGACCGGUGAUCUCCCGCCCACAAAAAGAAACAACUGGAUCUUUAUUGACGAGGAACAAGCCUUCGGUGGGAGAGGCCAAGGGCGUGGGCGAGGGAGAGGCUUCAGGGAGUUCACUUUUAGAGGCCGAGGCACUGUUGUGAGCAGCCGAGGAGUCUACAACAACCAGCGGAGCAGCCGAGGGCGAGGGCUCCGGGAGUUCAACCAGCCAGAGGACUUCCCCAGAGGGAAGCCGAGGCGCCGGAUCGCGAGCGAGACGCACAGUGAAGGGUCAGAGUACGAGGAGCUCCCCAAGCGUCGCCGGCAGAGGGGCUCGGAAAACAGCAAUGAAGGCUCUGUGCUGGACAGGGAGGACAGUGAUUUGAAAAAGGGAGACUUCAAAGAGUCUUGGAGGUCCAACAAAAUCUACUCGGAUGAUCACAAUAGCCUGGAUCCUAAGAUGAGGGCUCCGAGAGCGUUUGGGAGGUCGCUGCCACCAAGACUGAGCAACUCUGGCUAUGGGCGAAGGGGUUUCAUGGGUAAGGAGCCCACCCAGUGGCAAGGCAGGAGUGGGGGAGCAGGGUGGCAGGAGUACAGCCACACCUCUCCAUCGGACACUUUUGGGAGCAGGCAGCAGUCUGACAGGGACUACAUUCAGGAUUCUUACAAACACACGGAUUCCUUCUCCAGCCGGGUUUUUGAUGAGAGUCAUCUGGAUGACAAAAGGCACUUUUUCCAGGAGGAUUACUCAGCAGAUCAGGAGAACAUAGAGAACAGGCCGUUCAGGAGGCGCCGUCCCCCCCGGCAGGACAAGCCCCCACGCUUCAGGCGCCUCAGGCAAGAGAGGGAAUCGGUGGGGCAGUGGAACCCCGAGGAGGGAGGCCCCAACCUGCUGCCCAGCCAGUGGCCUGGCAGACCCAAGCUGAGCGCAGAGAAGAGCAGCAUCUCGGGCAGGCGUUCUCCUGAGCUGUCCUACCAGAACUCUUCAGACCAUGCCAAUGAGGAGUGGGAGACGGCAUCUGAAAGCAGUGACUUCAGCGAGCGGCGGGAGAGGCGGGAUGGAGUCCCAGAGAGUGAAGGCCAGCUGGAAGGUGGCCUCAGCACCGGGAGCUUGGGAGAGAAGGAACUAGCAAAGAGAAGCUUCUCGAGCCAAAGGCCGCUGGUGGACAGGCAGAGCCGCAAGGCUGAGCCAACAGGGUUUGCAGAGCAGUCUGUCAGGACUGGCGUAGGGGCAGCUUCCAGAUAUGAGAGCCAGCAGAAUGGGACCCUGAUAAAGAGCAAAAGGUCCCCAGAAGAAGGAGGAGGCCUUGGUAACACCAGUGGUGGGAGCAGCCACUCCAUUUACAGCUUGGAUAGGGGCUCCCAUGCUAACUCAGAGAGUGCUGAGGGGCCAGGGAAAAAGCCAGAGAAGGAGCCUAAAUCCACUGCACAAAGAGCAACUGAGAAAGGAGAGGCCUUGUCACAGUUUGAACUGAGUUAUGGAAGUGCCAUCAUCGAUAAUCGGGUGUCAAGCACAGCAGAAGAGAAUGAAGUAGGUUCUAUGGCAGGUGAAGGCUUCAUUGAGGUUCUUACUAAAAAGCAGCGACGUUUGCUGGAAGAGGAGCGCAGGAAGAAGGAACAGGCUGCUCAGGCACCAGCUAAGGCCCGUGUCCUUCAGUCCCGCAUUCCUCCUCGGUUUGCUAAGAAGCAGAACAGCCUGUGCUUGGAGCAAAGUGAUGUAACAGUGUCUGGAAACAGCCUGGGCACAGAGAUCUGGGAGAGCAACAGCCCAGCUCUUUCCGUUCAGUCUCCUGGCAGUGAUUCCUGGAGCAAGCCUGUAAAUACCUUUAAUGGCACUGAGUCUGGCACCACUGAGCAGGGAUUUAAAGGCAGCCAGGGGGAUAGUGGCAUUGACUUGAGCGCGGAGUCUCGGGAAUCCUCCGCGACCUCCUCUCAGCGCAGCUCUCCAUAUGGCACCCUCAAACCAGAGGAGAUGAAUGGGGCUGGCCUGGUGGACCCAAAGCCUGACUGCCAGAAGGAGCAAGUUCAGAAGCAAUCUGAUAAAAAGGAUUCAGAUCAAGGCUCAGGACAGAACAAGGAACACAAGCCUGGACCAAUCGGCAACGAACGCUCCCUGAAAAACAGAAAGGGUUCGGAGGGAACGGAACGGCUGGAAGGGAAUAUCCCCCCUGUUAAUGGGGUGGAAAUUCACGUGGAUUCUGUGCUUCCUGUGCCACCCAUUGAAUUUGGAGUAAAUCCUAAAGACUCUGACUUCAGCUUGCCACCUGGUUCUGCCUCUGGCACUGCAGCUAACCCUGUCACCAAAUUGCAGGAUGCCUUGGCCAGUAGUGCAGGGUUAACGCAGUCCAUUCCCAUCCUGAGAAGGGAUCAUCACCUCCAGCGCUGCAUCGGCCUGAACCCCAUGUCCUUCCCCACUGCAGACCUUACUCUUAAGAUGGAGUCUGCUCGUAAAGCUUGGGAAAACUCUCCUAGUUUACCAGAACAGAACUCCCCAGGAGGUGCAGGCUCAGGCAUCCAGCCUCCUUCCAGUGUUGGAGCUUCCAACGGUGUCAGCUACAGCUCUUUCGGUGGAGUUUCUAUGCCUCCCAUGCCUGUGGCAUCUGUAGCACCUUCUGCAUCUAUUCCAGGUAACCAUAUUCCACCCCUGUAUCUGGAUGGCCACGUGUUUGCGAGUCAGCCCCGCCUGGUCCCUCAGACGAUACCUCAGCAGCAAAGCUACCAACAGGCUGCUGCUGCUCAACAGAUUCCCAUUUCCCUCCACACAUCCUUACAGGCCCAAGCUCAGCUUGGGCUGAGGGGUGGUCUGCCUGUUUCCCAGUCCCAGGAGAUGUACAGCUCCAUACAGCCCUUCAGGUCUCAGGUGUAUAUGCACCCCAGUCUGUCCCAGCCCAGCACCAUGGUCCUGACAGGAGGCACUGCUCUGAAGCCUCCAUACUCUGCCUUCCCAGGCAUGCAGCCCUUGGAGGUGGUGAAAACCCAGUCUGGGUCCCCCUAUCAGCCCAUGAACGGAAGCCAGACACUGGUUUAUGAAGGGCAGAUAAACCAGGCUGGUAUGGGAGCCUCCCAGAUGAUGGACUCUCAGCUCACCCAGCUGACAAUGCCUGUGCCUGGCUCCCAGCUCCCUCUGCCCCGCUACGGCUCUGGCCAGCAGCCCCUGCUUCUGCCACAGUCCAUCCAGCUUCCUCAGGGGCAGAACCUGCCUGUGGGAGCUCCCCGAAGAAUCCUGCCUCCCGGAUCCCAGCCUUCUGUCCUUGCUGCCAGCAGGGAGUCCUCCCAGAUGGAAAUGAAAGGGUUUCAUUUCUCCGAUGGUAAACAGAGUAUGUCCUCUGGAGGGUCUGUACCAUCACCACAUACCUACAGGCCUAGCUCUGCCAGCCCAAGCGGGAAGCCGUCGGGACCAGCAGUGAGCAUGGGCUCUGUGCAAGGACACUACGUACAGCAGGCAAAGCAGCGGGUGGAUGAUAAUAAAGCCAGUCUGGGAGCAGUGAAGCUGCAAGAAACACCCUCCACGAGUCAGAUGAAGCCGGUGCGCACAGGAGCGAUCAAACCUCAGGCAGUCAAAGUGGAGGAGAGCAAGGCCUAGGAGCACCUCUGAUGCCCAGCUGGUCCUGCUGCCUGAGAGGCCCUGCAGCUUAGACUGGACCCCACUGGAUCUCCUGAAAAUCUCACCAGAUCUAUCCCCUCCCCCACACUGACUGACUACAGCGACAUCAUUCAAGCCCCUCUCCCCAACAAAGCAGUUUGAAACAGUGGAUAUGACAUUGACCUGCUUGCUUUAAAACAAACCAAUCAUGUGACUUUUAAGUGGCUUUAGCCAUUUUUUUUUUUUUAAUUUCCCCCUCCCCAUGCCCCAUCCACAGGUAGCUGUGAUCGCUCACUUGGCAAAGCCCGUCCUUCUCCUUCCCUACUUCUGUCUCAGCAGAGUGGCAACUGGGGGAGAGGGGUUAGUUUGAGGUUUUUCAUUUUAAAGGCAGCUGAGGUUUUUACAAAAAAAGCUGUAUCUUUGUUUAUAGCAGAACUUUUAUAUGUUCUCUCAUUCCCCCCCCCAACCUCCUUCUUUCUGCUUUUCCUCAUUCCUUUCAGAAAAGAAUUCCCUUCAGCUAAAAUGAUGUUCUGACAAAACUCUGCUUAGUUUUGUACAUGGUUCUGUGCUAUGUUGAGAAUUUGAGUUUGUUUGGGUGUAUUUCCCCAGAUGAAUUAGCCUUUGACUAUUUGAUUAAAAAAACAGGACAGUUAUGGCAUUUGUUAAUUUUUCAGUAUUUUUGUUUUAAGCUAGAAGCAGUGCUUGCAUUAGGAGUAAAUGUGUACUAAAGGCAUACAGUAGAUCAAUCCUGAAAUUUGCACCACUUCAAUGUAGUUUUGGGGUGUCUUGUGCACAACAAAAUGUGGCAUUUUCAUUUUAAGGAAAAAACCAAACAAACCACCAAAUUUCUGUUUCAAGUUCAUCUGGAUCUAGGUGUUUGGGUUUCCAUUUUUGUGGGUUUGGGAUUUUUUUUUUAGUGACUGCCAAACACACACACCAAAAUGUAAAGUCAUAGAUUUACAAAACGUAAAAUUUGUUAAGGAAAAAAAAAAAAAUUCUCCUCACAGCACAUAGGUCAGAAGAGUUGGCUAAAGCCAACGGGUCUUUAUGGACUACUUUUUGUAGUUGUGAUGCUCUAAUUCUUCGUGUCUCCUGCGACUUGUUCUGUAUUGUGUUCAUCCCUCGGGGCUGCUCUCCUAAGCUUUGCUCUUCUCCCUUUUUCCCGAGUCUUGCUUUCCGUUCCUCUAACUCAUGGCUUUCUGUAAAAUUUGCAUAGAAGCACGUUGGUAAGAGAGCCCCUCUGCAAGGCAGCCGUUUUAGCACAUUUGGAACCUCCUUUUUUUGUGUUGGAAGUAACGUGGUUACAGAGGCAGUUUGGAAUCCUCCUUCUACUCCUUCCCCGGGUGAGCAGCAAAGGGUUCUUUACUCCUGAUGCAUAUAGUGUGUGUACAGCAUUGUCACCUCACCACUCCUCUCCAGUACUGGAUGAUCUGCAAAAGGAAGAUCCCAGUGGGAGAGGUUGGGUUUUAUUUCUCUGGCUGUUUGGUUUUGGUUUGUGUGUGUGUGUGUGCGUGUGUGUGUGUGUGGCGCGUGUGUACGUAGAUUUUUUAGGAUGGACUUGACAAGUUCCUGAAAGGGCUUGGAGUCCUUCACCUGACGGUAGUCUUAAGUAAAAAAACUACUUUCAGCUAACUUGGUUUGUGUUGUUUUAGCUUUUUCUAAAUGUAAAGUAGGCUGGUCACUCUGAAGUGAGGGACAGAACCAUUUUUGGAGGUGAUCGCUUGCUCAUGGGCUGUGCAUCGGCCUCUGCUGGGUGGCAGAAAGUCAUUUGGUGGUGGUUCCAAAGAAGAUUUUUUGAACAAAGAAUGUAUUUGGGAAGGGAUCUGAAAGGUUGUUCUUGUUUCUUCAUUUGCUUCUCCCUCCCAUCCCAUCUCCCCCUUCCGGAAAAGAUCCUUUGUAACUUUCUAAGGAUGCAUUUGAAGUUUUAAGCUAGGCAUAAAUAUGAUUUUUAUACAGUAGCUUUAAAGAGCUUAGGAGCCUAAACUAACUUAGACAUAGUAAUGUCCCCUCUCCACAGGUGUCCCCAUUGAUCAUGGCAGAGAACCCGAAGGGAAAGGGAUAGGAUGGUACUUUAAGAAAAAAAUUAAAGCUCUUUUUUCUUAGGUUUUAUGUUUUUUUUUAAUUUCAGAGCAGAGUGUGCCAGCAUCUCUCUAGCAUCCUCCUUAAAGUACAGGGUUUGAGAUUUAGUGACAAAUAUUCCCCUGACCUUCAGACAUCUCCCAGACCUGCAUCCUCAUCUGCUAGUCCUGCUCCCAACGUUUUCCAAAGAUUGCACCACCAGUAAUCAGCCCACCCUCCUUUCUAUUUUCUCCCUGGAAAUAUCAUGAACAACAGAAUUGUGUGUGGGUUUUUUUUUUAUUAUCCUUCUGCCCAGCUGGCCCUAGCUAAUAUCAGCCCAGAAUCUAACUGUAAUGACUAAAGAGACUUACCUGAGCCCCCCUCUUCUCAUCUCUUCCCUCCCCUAGACACACUACUUUAGCUUUACAAAGACACUAACCUCUUUCCUCCCACCUGUGUGACUUUGGAGUGGUCAGACACACUGGGAGAAACUGGGUUACUGCUAGAUCCAAGUUACUGCAGUCCCUCUGGUGUAAAUGCCAUCAGAACUACAAUACUUCCUGUUGGAAAAGGUCACCCUUCUUUCUCUUUUAACCCCCUCCAUUCCUUCCCCCCCCCC